UGUUGCAACAGUCACCAAUAUCUGCACUUCUUCGACGCUUUAAACGACAACAAAAAAGUCAAAUUACAGACAAUCAUAACAUAUAUCAACUUCGUAUCAUUUUGGCACCACCAAUAUCAUACUUAGCUUGGACACCAUUACCUGAACAUGCUGAGGAAGUGAUCAAAUUCAAGUUGUCCUAUAAAAAGAGUGCUGGUGAUCGAUGGACACGGAUCACUGAAGCACCGGAAUAUUUUAAAUGUCCGGAAGGGAUUGCUGAUGCGGAAGAUUUCUGCUAUGAUUUAUCUAAGCUUUCUUUUGGAGUACAGUAUACUGCUGAUUUAAUCUAUGAAUUAGAAAAUGGUGAAUGGACAGCACAUGGUAGCCCAUUAUUCUUCAUCCUUGUUGAAGCUGGGGAACCAUCUGUACCGUCAGCACCGCACAAUCUUCAAGUGAACCCUCAUGACGUGUCAAGCAUUGUGCUUCAUUGGCUACCACCCCUAAAUUCGAAGCACAUUCCUUUUUAUCAGGCACCAUUUUUCUCUUCUUCUUCUUUUUCUUUUAUUCCUUCAUUUGCACGAAGUACCUAUUUCUGCACGAUUGAGAUAGAAGAUCUGAAUACACGGGAAAAACGAACUGAACAGGUACCAGGGUCAUUCUUCUCUUCUACCAUCGGUCAACUGUCACCAAAUUCCAUCUACAAUAUUUCUGUCCGUGCUGGAACUGAUUUUGGUGAACUUGGCAUACCUGUAUUCAAGAUUAUUUCUCUGCGGAAAAGUGAUCCUGAAUUAUUGGAUCAUAAAAUUGUUGAGGAGGAAAAGUUGAAAGAACAGUUAGAGCAGCAAAAAAUAGCAGAAGCAAAAGAAGAAAGUGAAAGAAUUAAAUUGAAAUAUGAAUUGGAAAAAGAACAAUUGGAAAUGGAGGAACGUAAACGGGAAAGAAUAAAAGAAUGUGAGCAUAAAAUAUUGCAAAUGGAAAAUGAUAGACUGAAUAGGGAACGUGAGUGUAAUCGAAUUAAGGAUGAAUAUGAACGUUACCGUGAGCAUCCAAAUCGAAUAGACGAACUGCAGCAACAAUAUUAUAAGCGUUUACAGCAGCUAGAGUGUGAACGUAUGGAGCUGCAGCAGCAAUGGGAGAAAGAACGUGAACAGUGGGAGAAAGAAAGUGGACGUGAACGUGAACGUAGUGAUCAUUUGAACCAUCGACACCGACAACGAGAGGAGGACGUGAAACGAAAAUUGGAUUCACGUGAACGAUUAGAACUGGAACAUAUUCGACAACAAUUGGAUCAAGUUCAGGUGCUGCCGGAACGGAAUGACGAGCGAGAUGGUAUAUCGCAGUCGCUUCUUGGUAUUGAUAAACCACGUAUUGAACAACGUGGAUCACGUAUUCUGCUAUACUGGACUGUUGGUGGUGAUACAUCAAAUGUGCUAGCCUAUCAGAUCGAUCUACGUUCAGAUUCAGAUAGUAAUUGGCAACAUUUCAAUGGCUAUGUUACUCAUUCACCCUCAGAAAUUCACUAUCGACAAGAGUUAACAAAUUUAGAAACUAAUAAACAUUACUAUGUCAAAGUUUCGGCUAUUGAUCGAUCACGACGCAUUCUUGCUACUUCAGAAGCAACUAGUUUUACGGUUCAUUGUCAAGCGCCCAAUAAUUCACCGCAGAAUUUACGAUUAGAAAGUGUAAAAGAAGGAAUUCAACUUAGCUGGAAUUGGGCAGAUUCGGAGGAUCGUGAAUGUGAACCGUAUUUUCUAAUAACAGGAUAUCAAAGUGGGAUACCGUUUUCGGAACGAGUUGCAGGAGGACAACGUCAGUUCACAUUCCAGAAUGCGGCUGCUGGUGAAUGGCAUGUGGAAAUGCGUGCCGGAAAUCGUGCCGGAACUGGGCCUAGCAGCGCACCUGUAAAUUUACAAAGUUCUUCGAAAGUAUUCAAGGGUCUUCGUAUAUUACGUAGCAUCUGUGAUCCACGUGUAGAUUUCUGGUGUCGUUCACCGGAUGAAAAUUACGAUAUUGCUAUAUCUCGUCAUGCUAAUGAAGAACUUAUUUCAAAUCUACGGGUAUUAGCACGUGAUAGUGAUUUAAUCGUUGAAUGGAACAGUGAAGGUACUGGCCAAGGUGUUUUUGGAUAUCGUGUACAGUAUCGAACAGAUAGUACUGGUUGGAGUUCUUAUGGCCAAAUUGUACCGUAUACAGGUGAUAAUAAACGUUAUAUGCAACAGUUGACAGGUUUACAGCAAGGUAGUGUGUAUCAUAUACAUAUUCAAGUACUUGAUAGAAAUUCAUAUGUUAUGUAUACCAGCCCGGAAGCAUCAGCACGAACUGGUUGUUCCGCACCAACUCAUCCUCCAUCACAUUUGCAAGUGCAAGCUGCUGAUCCACGCCAUAUUCGGGUAAGUUGGGCGCAACCACCACAAAAUACCUGGCAAUGCAGCGACAUACAGGUGGAACUUGAAAUAACGGAACCACAAGGUAUUGCACCUCUCCUCCUGAACGGAUAUCAAACAUCUCAUGUGUUAGAUUCUGAGACAAAUCAGCAAUGGUCUAUGCGAAUUCGUACCAGGAAUUCAGCAGGUACAUCAGCAUGGUCACAAAUUGCUUCUGCUCGAACACCACCUGUUGGUGAAUUAAUCAUUGGACCAACACUGAGCUAUCGACAGGGAAUUCCGGUGCUUACAUGGACAAGCAAAGAGCGUGUAGAUGAUCUCAUUCAAACUUAUCAAAUUGAAUAUCGAACUUCCAUUGAUACAACUUGGCAAAAGCUUCGUGAACGAGUACCAUAUACAGGUUGGCAACGACCUUACAGUAUCGAUCUGAGUGAGCUACCUGCUGGUCAUAAUUAUCAAAUUCGAAUUCAUGCAGUUGAUGCUAAUAAUGGUAUUGCUUACACAUCAUCAGCGAUUAAUGUUCAAACACAAAUCAAAUGUUCAGUACCACAUCGUGCACCAUCUGAUGUACAAGCUACUUCACUUGGACCCACACAAAUCCGUGUAUCCUGGAAGGCAUUGCAUGAAUCAGAAUGGAAUUGUAAUCGAUUAUGGUAUGUUGUAAAAUACAGCACUCCACACAAUCAAGGCUUUAAAAACUUGACACGUGGUGAAAAUCAUGUAAUUUUUGAUUCGGAACCAUUUACACGAUGGACUUUCGAGGUACAAGCUGCUAAUCCAGCCGGUGAAACGCAGUGGUCACGUCCAGUUACUGUACAAACAGAAGGAACUGCUCCUGGACCAGUUUCCGAUUUACAAAUUUAUCCACAAUCAUCGGAUACACUUCAGCUUUCCUGGAGACAACCGCAAAAUCCAUAUGGGCAAAUUACCGGCUAUGAAGUGACCUAUCAGCUACUAUCAAAAGGUAUGUGUGACCAGGUGAAGGAAAGGCCUAUAACAGUAACCAGUGAUAAGCCUUCAUUCACUCUUCGAGGCCUGCUACCGCAUUCAAAAUAUCGUAUUUCUGUUGCUGCAAAAACAAAUAUCGCUGGUGAACGUGUAAGUCAGGAAGUGCAAACUGAAGAGGCUCCACCAAGUGGUGCACCAAUUUACAUCCGUGUAACAAAUGUAUUACCUACUGAAGUAGCCAUAGUUUGGCAAGCACCUGCAUGCUUGCAAACAAAUGGUGAAAUAACAGAAUACGAAUUCGAAGCAACACCUUUGGAACAGCGUGAUCAUAGAACUGAUGGUACAAUUAAGCAGGUUGUUAGAGGUACCAGAACUAAAAUUACCGGUCUUUCCCCGUAUACAAAAUAUUCGGUGCGAAUACGAGCAUUUACACGAAAAGGAGCAGGGCCUUGGUCUGAACCGGUUCAAUUCCAAACUGCUACUGCACCUGAUAUCCCAGCACCACCGAUGGUUCGAAUUUUAAGUACUGGAUCAGAUAAUGCAGAUUUAGUUUGGCAAGAGCCUUAUCCGUCUUCUGGUUUAAUUGAUAAAUACAAAUGUAAAUAUGCAAUAGCUGGUACCAAACAAUAUCAGGAACGGCAAUUUCCCUCAUAUAAUCCGUGUGGUGAAGAAGUGAUUCGUAUGCAGCAAUUAUCACAACUAUCAACUGGAACAAAAUUACAUUGUGGUAAAAUUGAUGGCUUGGAACCUGAAAAGCAAUACACCUUUAUGAUGUCAGCUGGUGAUCAAAGUGGUACCUGGUCCCCGUGGAGUGAACCACAAGUUGGUCAUAUUAGUGAAAGUCCUGUUCAGGUCAUUUCAUUGAGCAAAUUAGGUGGACGAGCGAAUAGUAUCUUAAUUGGAUGGAAUGUACGUCCCACCGAUGCAGCUCGUGUUGUCGGUUAUCGAAUUCAUGUAACACCUGUGCUACAGCAUAAUGCUAAACCAAUAUCAUUUAUGGUAGAUCGAUCCACCAUGCAAUAUAAUAUUGAUAAUUUGUCACCUAAUACACGUUAUAAUAUAACGGUAGAUGCUACUACCGAUGGUAUUCACUAUCAUCCAGGUACCGCAAUUGAUGUAAGUACCGGUUCAGAACCAUUGAAUAAUUUAAUGGUUGUUCCACGUGUAAUUGAAGAGCAAGCAACUUCGGUAACAUUAGAAUGGAAUGCACCAGAUAUUGAUGUAAGUGGAUUUGUAGUUGAAUAUUAUCUUGGUGAUGGUGUAUGGCAGCAAUAUGGUCGACGAAUUCCGGCAUAUCCCGGACGUCGUGUUUAUACCGCUCAAAUUGAUCAGCUUCCAACAAACAGUGUUGUGGAUCUUCGAGUACGCGUUGUAUCAUUGCAAAAUGAACAAUCUGCUCCAAGUUCGGAAAUUCGAGCUCGUACUCGAUGUUCCGCACCACCGGCACCACCACAGGCUAUUCGUUUGGAUGCUCCGUCCACCAAUGAAGUUCGUGUUUCGUGGGCUCGGCCGGCCAGAGAUACGUGGCAAUGUGAUCAGCUUAACUAUGAUCUUGCUUAUCGUACAGGCACACAAACAGAACGAGUUGUGCCAGUACCCGGUGAUCAAACAGACUAUACUUUUCCUUCGGAAGCGAAUACUCGUUGGGCUGUUAAGCUAAGAUGCACUAAUCAGGUAGGAUCAAGUCCAUGGAGCGCCGAACAGGUGAUAACAACUCAUCAAGGAAUCCCAGGUCCAGUUCGAGAUUUACAUUUGCGUGCUAAAAGUCCUAAUGAAGUACAUGUGAAAUGGCUUGCACCAUUGGUACAACGUGGCACCAUUGUCGGCUAUGAUAUUAGUUAUCGAUUGAAACAUCGAUUAGCUUGUCCGGAUGAGGAACCACGUGAUGUGAGUCGUGAUUUUGUCACUGUAUACAAUCAUAAAGAUUUGGAAUAUACAUUAACUGGAUUGUUACCUUUUUCGCUGUAUGAAGUACGAGUACGUGCACGUACCACGGAAUUAGGACCAGAGGAAUCGAAAGAUAUUGCAACAGAACAGCAACCACCAAGUGCACCACCAUUGAAUUUACAAUUAAUUUACGCUUUAGAACGUUCUAUUAGUUUUCAAUGGGAACAGGUAGAAUGUUCACAACGUCAUGGACAUAUCGUAAAUUACGAGUAUGAAAUACAGGGACAAGAUGAUUGGGCUAAACUGGAACGUCAGAUUGCAAAUACCUCCAGUACAAUGAUAAAUAUUGAAGGUUUGACACCGUUUACGAAAUACGUAAUGCGUGUAAAAGCUUACAAUAGUGUUGGUGGCGGUCCUAAUACGGAAAAUCUCGAUGCAAUGACAGCUAAAGCGGAUGCACCGUUACCGCCACAAGAUUUAGUAGUUGCUCAGGAAGGUACUGAUUAUUUCAUGAUUUCCUGGUUACCACCUUAUCCACCAUAUGGACCACAUGAUAAAUAUAAAAUUCGUUAUCAACUGCUAAAUGAAAGUCGUUGGAUGGAAAUCGAGAAAGAUAUCAAAGAUCGAUUAUUGCAAUGCCCAGCUGAAAGUCCUCGGCAUUGUUUCAAUGUUACAAAUUUAGAAAGUGGACGACAGUUUCGAGUUCAGGUUGCAGCUCAUAUCAUUGGUGGUUCAUAUGGUCCUUGGAGUACGGUGACAAUUGCGAAUACAUUACAAACGUUACCUGAUGCUCCACGUGCUAUAGAAUUGGUUGCAAAAACUGAUCAUUCACUUCAUAUUCGUUGGAUUCCACCACCGGAUCCUUUAGGACAAAUAACACAGUAUAAAGUUGGAAUUGUUUCAUUGGAUGAUCCACAAGAUCAACUGAAAACAUUCCUCAUCGAUCAUCCAACAUUGCAACAUCUUUUAAGCAAUCUACAACCUGAAACUUCCUAUAAUAUCAGUAUUUCGGCUGGUACUAAACGUGGUUUUGGUCCUCUCUCUUGGACACGUUAUUCCACUGAUCCAUUCAAAGUACCACCGGUAACAAAUGCACCACAGGUUACAGCAGAUGGUGCUGAUGCAUUGAUUGUUCAAUGGAAUGGUAUUUUGGAUACAAAAAAUCAAGUCCGUGGAUAUAUCAUAGAAUUUCGUUCUAGCGAUAAUCCAACAUUUACCGAAUAUGAUGGAGUUAUUGAACAUGACACGAGUCGACGUAAUUAUCAACAGCGCUUAUCACUACUCGAUGCUGAUACCCUAUAUUUUGUUCGUAUCAAAGUUGUGGAUCAAAAGCAACGCGUUAGUGAACCAAGUCCAGAAGGAAGUGCACGAACCGGUUGCGCACUACCACUUGCACCACCAUCGAAUGUGAACGCUUUUUCACCGUCACCUUACCAGGUGCAUAUUAGCUGGCAACCACCAAGUCAAUCCUCUUGGCAGUGUUCAAAUAUUAAAUACAGACUGGAAUACACCAAUGGUUCAUCCUUACCUCAGGAAAUUGAUGUGCCCAGUGGUAUAACUGAUCGAGUGCUCGAUGCAUCACCAAAUACGUUAUGGCGAUUGCGAGUUCGAGUUGAAAACGAAGCUGGUGCUUCAGACUGGAGCAAAGAAGUUUCUAUCACAACUGCUGAAGGUAAUAUAGUAACAUAG